UUCAUGUUUCAUGAAGUAGGAAAGGAUCAAGAUAGUACCUGAUGUGUAAAAAAUCAAGGUAAUAAUAUCUUUGAAAGAAAUGGAAAAAUUUAAUGAUAAAUUGUCAGAAGAAGACGAAGAGUUUGUUUUGUGUCAAAUUUGCUGCCUUAACUUUGAUGAGGAAGAACAUGUGCCAAAGUAUUUGAAGUGUCACCACUUUUUUUGCCUGUCAUGCAUCAAGCGUCUGACAGGUCCCAAUGAGAGUAUGAUUUCUUGCCCAACAUGUAGAACACAGUCAAUUUUAUCUCCCAAAAAAUGUGAAGAAUUAUUUACCAAUCGCAUUGCCUUACGUCUUUCAAAAGUGGUGGAAGGAGUUCAAGAGAAGGCAGAGAAAGAAGCGAAACAACAGCAGCAGUGGUGUUCAGUAUGUGCCUUUCCUGCAUGUGAUGGUUGCCGUGAAUCCCAACAUCCAAUCCAAGAUUCCACCCAAUUCUGUAACACAAGAAUGUUGCUGCUAAAAUCUAUUAUCGACAAGACAAACUAUCUGUGCAAUGAAGCAUUAGUAGAUUGCCACAAGAUUAUGUCAGCGCACCAAGUCAUUCUUCAGUGGAUCAAAUGGCUCCAGCUGGAAAUUGUUCAAAGCGCUGCAAAAAACACUGCCACUAUUGCUCAGCUCGAAUCUCUUAUAACAGAUGAAACCUGGACCCAUAUUCCUCAAGAAGCCAAUAUGAAUGCCACCAUUAACAACAUCAAUCAACUUAUAGCCAAAUGCGCUGAUCGAUGCCAAAUGGCCGAAAAAGCCGAAGCAGAAUCCCACAACUUUCUUCGUGCUUACUGCAGCGCCCAUCAGGAAUCCGCAAAAUUUUUCGAACCUGAGCUGUUCUCAAGCGAUGGUUCACCUCCAGAUUUGGUCAGUUGGUUAAAAAGGCUGAAUACUUUUGAGGAAGGAAUCACUUUAAACCAAGCUAAUAAGCGCUGUGUUAACGUCCUUGCGUUCCUUAUUUCGCUGUUGAGCGGAGAACAGCUUCCCACAGACGCAUCUUCCUUGAACUGUGUCUUUACUAGUAAUGAUGUCGAUACAAAUGCGAAAAACAUCGCCACAGAAAAUUACUAUGCAGAUAUUACCAAUGAACCACGCCCUUCUUGUUCUGGCACUCACCGGCUUGCAAAACGAUUUGAUGAAGACGAUUCAGAAUCCAUCGCCCACGGAUGUAAAAGAGAAUGGGGUUCAGUUUUACAAAAAACUGAAAAUGUUUGGAGCAUGAAUAAUUCAACCAAACAGGAUGAUAAUGCGUAUCGUUCCCUCGGUGGAAUGGACGCGCAGCAAGAGCCCGGAGGAGCGCAACUAAUUAUGAGCACGUACAAUAAUUUAGUCCAUGAGAGCGUGGCUCUUCCAUAUGGAACUGCAGGAGCUGGAGCAGCCGUAAUGCACGAUAUUCAGCACGAAGAAGGCAUGGAGAUACAAGAGGUAUUCCAUAGCCGGACGCCAAGAAGGAGUCAAAUUUAUGGAUCAAAUAAAGCCGAAAACCCUUUGCAACAAGGAUAUCGCACCGGCAUGCAAAUACGCAAAGCACCUGAAGCACGUUUAGCGCGUCGCCCAUCUCCUACGUUACCGCUUAGUCUUGCUCGUAAUAGUGUCGCUCCUGCUGCUGCCAUAACCAAUAAUGGCACGUGGACUGGAGGAGAUAAUCCAGAAAUUAUCGAAAUACGAACUGUGAAUCCAUCAAACUGGCCUUUGAAUAAUCCUCCCAGAUAAGGUACCUUGAAUUCAGACACAAUAUGUGUUACAGUAUAAAUUACGAUGUACACAUAAAUAGCUAGUCGCUGUGAUGCAAAACAACCAAAUCGGAUGUACAGCACGGACAGAAUAGGAGUCAGUGGCUAUCAUCUGUCAUAUUCAUAAUUUCUUUUUAAAAUUUGGUAUUUUUAUGUACGCACCAACUCAAAAGACUCGUUUGUACUGUUUAAUUUUAAUCACAAAUAACCUCAUUAUUGACGUUUAACAUUUGAGGGAAUCCUCAUCAGCCGUCGACAUCAAUU